UCGAGGUGCGUGCCGUCCAGAACCAAACACAACAGCUCCGAGAGCAGUUGCCUCGUAAACCGGCAACCGUACGAGAUGCGGUUCCGCUCGCGCGCGCGCGAAUCAGUGUUUUGAAUUUCCCGCGCUAAUUUUUCUCGGCUCGUGCUUCAUUGUCUUUCGCUGUUCAAGUACAAGUGUUAUAAAUUUUACUCGUCCUUUUUUUCUAAAAAAUUGCAGGAUAUUUGAGAGAAGGGACUUUCGAAAAAUGUUGGUUUGUGAUCAGUGCAGUACAGAAAAGAAGACACGGGAAAACGAGUGAUUUUUGUUGCUAUUGCGUUUACGUAAGUCGAGCUGACGAACUGCAGUAAUGGUGCCGAGAAAAGAUAUUCGGUGACAAGGGGCAAAUGGAAUCAUGCAGAGAAUCGGCGGAUCGCCUUCAAUGUUUCGUCGAACAGAACUCCUCAUGCGGCAGAUAAAAGCUGAUGGCUGGAACCAAAGACGCAAAGAUUCGACGGAUCGACGGUUAUGUCGUUUUGUCAUUGUUCUUGCUUUACUUGCUCAACUUUCACAAGCAAAAGGUAAAGAUAUACCUGACGCGGGAAAAUUAACGCACUCCAAUUUGAACAACCAAACCAGAGAAAAAAAUUCAAGUUUAUUGACGAACGAGAUAAUUUUGGAUAAUCACGAUGACGACGAUCUUUACCUCGCCUACAGCGGAUAUCUUCGUAGCAGCUCGUCGAUGCUGACGCCUGAAAAUUUCAACAAGAGUCUACUUACAAACAUCAACACUACCAUCGAACCACCAAAGGCCAACGGACAUCGGAGAUUCAAGAGGGCCGUAACUCAUUUAUACAAUAUGAUCGUUUGCGCGACCGGCUGUAAUCCUCUGGCGUACAAAGGAUACGGCUGUUACUGCGGCUUUUUAGGCUCUGGUUACCCUAUGGAUGGCAUCGAUCGAUGUUGCAAAAUGCAUGACUGGUGCUACGAGGCGACCGAUUGUCCGAUGUUCGUCGAGUAUUUCGUCCCAUAUUAUUGGAAAUGCUAUCGCGGUUACAAGCCUAUAUGUGCUAUCGAACACGGAGAAUGGGGUAGUUCAGGCUCGUGCGCUCAAAGACUCUGCGAAUGCGACAGAUCGUUUGCGGAAUGCCUUCGACGAUAUCGCUGUCCGAGGCACAAAGCUGUCUGUACUUCGUCCCCCUGGCGCUUGAUACAGAACAUUUUUAUGAUUAUUUAAGAGGAUUCGAUCGAACAACCUGCUGCCAUCUGAAUACUUAAUCAAAAGACCUUUGUUGUUUUUUAUACCGUGGAAAAUGAUUCCCGACGAAAGUUACCAUUAGUUUAUAGUCAUCGCUCAGCGCGAUUAAUAGCUUGUUAUUUGACAAAUACAUGUAUCAGUUAUCUAUUCAAAUCAACUAUGUAUAUUUCGUUAAAAUGAAAGUACAGUUUUUAUAGUACUUUUUUAUAUUAUCUCAUAAUUUUAAUAUAAAUGUAUGUACAAUAAACAUAUUAUAAAUUUCUUAUAAAAUUA